AACAUUUCUAUCAGGAAUGUCACUUCAAAAAACAGAAAGGUUUGAGGGGAUUGAUAUCAAAGAAGAGAUGACAGACGACCAACAAGUUAACACUACUUCAACCUGGUCAGUAUGCACUUGUAAAUGUGAGGAAGACGACAGAAGUAACAAUCUGAAAGCUGAAGCUGUGCUGUGUAAUCAGUUUGAAGCUAGUUCAGAACACUUCAACCAAGUAGGUGAAGUUGUAAAGAUUGAGGAUGUCAGGAUUUUCCGUGAUGUACCGGCUAAAGAUGAACUUUUGGACUAUAAAGAAAUUCGGUGUGAUAACUGUAAUCUUGCGCUAACAACGUCGAAUGUAAUACCUGCACAAAGAAAGUCUUCUUCAUCUCCUAUACCUACUGAGUCAGAUUGUGGUAUUCAGGCUCUAUCUACUGGAGAAACCUCACCGUCUGGGACUAAACAGAAGUUGAAAAAACAGAAACAAAAAAACACCGGAGAGAAAACUUAUUCUUGCAGUUUGUGUGAUUACAAAGCGAUUCGAUCGAGCACUCUUGCUAUUCACAAACGGACACACACAGGAGAAAAACCUUAUUCUUGCAGUUUGUGUGAUUAUAAAUCGAAUCAUUCGGGGGAUCUUGCUCGUCACAAACGGACACACACCGGAGAGAAACCUUAUUCUUGCAGUUUGUGUGAUUAUAAAUCAUAUCAAUCGGGCGAUCUUGCUUCUCACAAACGGACACACACCGGGGAGAAACCUUAUUCUUGCAGUUUUUGUGAUUUUAAAUCGAAUCGAUCGAGCAGUCUUGUUUCUCACAAACGGACGCACACUGGGGAGAAACCUUAUUCUUGCAGUUUGUGCGAUUAUAAAUCAAAUCAAUCGGGCACUCUUGCUCGUCACAAACUGAAACACACCAGGGAGAAACCUUAUUCUUGCAGUUUGUGUGAUUAUAAAUCAAAUCAAUCGGGCAAACUUGCUUUUCACGAACUGACACACACCGGGGAGAAACGUUAUUCUUGCAGUUUGUGUGAUUAUAAAUCAUAUAACUCUGGCCAUCUUGCUUCUCACAAACGGACACACACCGGGGAGAAACCUUAUUCUUGCAGUUUGUGUGAUUAUAAAUCGAAUCAAUUGAGCAAUCUUGCUUCUCACAAACGAACACACACCGGGGAGAAACCUUAUUCUUGCAGUUUGUGUGAUUAUAAAUCAAAUCAGUCGGGGGAUCUUGCUCGUCACAAGCGGUCACACACAGAGGAGAAACCCUAUUCUUGCAGUUUGUGUGAUUAUAAAUCAUAUCACUCUGGCAAUUUUGCUUCUCACAAACGGACACACACCGGGGAGAAACCCUAUUCUUGCAGUUUGUGUGAUUAUAAAUCAAAUCAAUUGGGCAAACUUGCUUCUCACGAACGGACACACACCGGGGAGAAACGUUAUUCUUGCAGUUUGUGUGAUUAUAAAUCAAAUCGAUUGAGCGAUCUUGCUGCUCACAAAAGGACACACACCGGGAAGAAACCUUAUUCUUGCAGUUUGUGUGAUUAUAAAUCAAAUCAAUCAAGCAAUCUUGCUUCUCACAAACGGACACACACCGGGGAGAAACCUUAUUCUUGCAGUUUGUGUGAUUAUAAAUCAAAUCACUCUGGCAAUCUUGCUCGUCACAAACUGACACACACAGGAGAGAAACGUUAUUUUUGCAGUUUGUGUGAUUAUAAAUCGAAUCUAUCGAACGAUCUUGCUCGUCACGAACUGACUCACACAGGAGAAUGAACUUAUUCUUGCAGUUUGUGUGAAAACUUGUAAACAUUUUUUGGUUCAUUGCUAACUAAAAUUUGUGGCUUGAUUAUAUAUAAUAUAUUUUAUUUGACAAUUUGAUGAUUGAGUAGUUA